AAUACAGACGCAGCUUUAGCUCAGUGAACAGAGGCACGUGGAGAGGCAGACACAGAAAAAGCUGCCUUUGCCUUUUUUUUGCUUUUUCUCAAAUUUGAUUCGCUGGUUAUAUACGUCUGAUUUGCUCAGCUGUGCAGCGGUGCUUGGUGCAGGUUUACUGGUCUGCUAACAGAUCCAGUUCCAGUUCUUAACUUUGCCUAGUUCCAUUGUGGCAAAUUCUGAGUCUCCAGUAACAUGAGGAUAGAAGGCUUGGUUCUGAGAUGUCUACUCUUCACCACCCUGAUGAAGCUGAAUCAAGCCGGCUUGGUAAAGAAGGUUCUACAGCACCAGAGUAAAGUUGUGGCAAUUCAAAGUACAGACAAUGUCACCCAUCCCAACACUGAAAAGCCAGUCAUCUUCAGCCAUGUCUAUAAUAUCAAUAUCCCAGAGAGCGCCCUCUGCUCGGUGGACUUGGAUCCUCCUGCAGGUUCAGAACUUGAGCCAAAGGAUGCACCUUCUGAACCAGAGGCCUCUGAUUACACUUUAGAUGGGCAGAAUCAGAUUGUCUUCACUCACCGCAUCAACAUCCCCAAGCAGGCAUGCAGCUGCACCAACAGCCUUCCUGAACUGAAAGAGCUUCUGAACCGGCUGGAAAUGUUGGAGGGAGAAGUUUCAACCCUUAGAGAGCAGUGCAGUGGGGAUUCCACCUGCUGCAGUUCGCAGGUCACAGGUGAGGUAGGAACCAAGCCCUACUGCAGUGGCCGUGGAAACUACAGCACAGAAAUUUGUGCUUGCAUCUGUGAGAAAGGCUGGAAGGGCUCCAACUGCACAUUCCCAGAUUGUCCAGAAGACUGCAGUGACCAGGGUCGUUGUGUUGAUGGCAUAUGUGAAUGCUUUGAAGGCUUCUCGGGGGAGGACUGCAGCAUGGAUGUCUGUGCUGUUGAUUGUGGCGAGAACGGUCAGUGCAUCAGUGGAUCCUGCGUCUGCGCUGAGGGUUUCUCUGGUGAUGACUGCUCAAAGACUGCAUGCCCCAAUGAGUGCCUGGGCCGUGGCCGCUGUGUGGAUGGAGACUGCAUGUGUGACGAGCCCUUUACUGGCUUUGACUGUUCCGAGCUCAUUUGCCCAAAAGACUGCUAUGACCGUGGACAUUGUGUCAAUGGUACUUGCCACUGUGAGGAAGGCUUUAGAGGGGAAGAUUGCGGACAGCGCAUUUGCCCCAAGGACUGCAUGGGCCAGGGCUUUUGCGUGGAUGGCCGGUGUGUUUGCAAUGCUGGCUACACAGGUGAAGACUGUGCCAUGCUCACCUGCCCGUACAACUGCAACGAAAGGGGUCGCUGUUUCAACGGCAUGUGCAUUUGUGACAGUGGUUACCAGGGUGAGGACUGCAGCGUUCUCUCCUGUCCUAACAACUGUUACAACAGAGGCCGCUGUGUUAACGGUAAUUGUGAAUGCGAUGCUGGUUUUGGUGGUCAUGACUGCUCAGAAUUUUCCUGUUCCAACAACUGUAACGGCCAGGGGCACUGCGUCAAUGGGCAGUGUGUGUGCAUAGAGGGAUUUGGAGGUGAGGACUGCAGUGUUAAAACCUGCCCGUCACACUGCUACGGCCAGGGUCAUUGUGUGGAUGGCAAAUGCGUAUGCUUUGCAGGCUAUAGAGGUGAAGACUGCAGUGAGCUGGGCUGCCCCAACAACUGUAUGAACCGUGGCCUUUGUGUAGCUGGGCAGUGUAUCUGUAAUGAGGGCUUCACUGGAGAGGACUGUAGUCAGAAGAAAUGCCCCAAUGAUUGCCUAGGCCACGGAUACUGUGUGGAUGGCCGUUGUGUCUGUAAGGAGGGUUAUGCAGGUGAAGACUGCUCUGUUCAAUCCUGCCCUGCCAACUGUAACAGCCAUGGCCAUUGUAUCAAUGGUGUAUGCCUCUGUGAUGAGGGUUUUGAGGGCAAUGAUUGUGGAGAGAAAAAAUGCCCAAACCACUGCCAUGAAAUGGGCCAGUGUGUGGAUGGACGAUGCAUCUGUGACGAAGGUUACAUUGGUGAGGACUGUUCAGAAGUCUCUCCACCAAAAUCCUUGAUUGCUGUUGAAGUAAACCCAAAGACAAUGAACCUGACAUGGACCAAUGAUAUGCUGGUGAAGGAAUACUUGGUCACCUAUGUCCCCACAACACCAGGGGGAUUGGAGAUGGACUUCCGUGUGCCUGCAAACCAGACAUCUGCUACUCUGACCGAGCUUGAACCUGGCAUUGAGUACUCUGUCAAUGUCCAUGCCGUCCUUAAUAGCGACAAAAGCAUCCCGGUCAAUGUCAGAGUGCGCACAUCUCUGCCCCAACCAAAAGGCCUGAAGUUUAAAUCUAUCAGAGAAACAUCUGUUGAGGUGUUUUGGGACCCGCUGGACAUUCCAUUUGACGGCUGGGAACUCACCUUUCAUAACACGAAAGAAGAGGAUGGAAAGAUUGUGAACAUUCUACCACCUUCCCAAACACACUUUGAGCAGCCAGGACUUGGACCAGGACAGAAAUACAACGUCUCUGUGCGCCUCAUCAAGAACAACACCAGAGGACCCCCACUGAAAAGGACUGUCGUGACAAAAAUUGAUGCUCCAGGUGAAGUUGAAGUUCGGGAUGUUUCAGACAAAUCUGCUUUGAUCUCCUGGUCUAAGCCAGUGGCAGACGUGGACAAAAUUAGAAUAUCAUAUGGCCCAAGUGGAGACCCAUCAGUUAGACAUGUGGAUGUCCCCGCAGAUAACAUGCAGCACAGUCUGGAGGGACUGGAGCCCGACACUGACUAUAGAGUGUCUCUCAAUUCAAAGAGGGGCAACAAAACUAGUGAACCUGUUUAUGAGAGCUUUACCACAGGCCUGGAUGCUCCUCGUGAAGUACACACUGUGGGUCAGACAGAUGACAGUAUCACUGUGGAAUGGAAAAAUAGUCGUGCAUCUGUGGAUGGCUACCGUAUCAAAUAUGGUCCUGUUGUUGGAGGUAGCCAUGGUGAAGAUAUAAUACCCAGGAGACUAGGAAAUACAACACAGGCCACCCUUACUGGCCUGAAGCCUGGAACAGAGUACGGGAUUGGAGUUACAGCAAUUAAUAAAGAAAAAGAGAGUCAGCAAGUCACCAUCAAUGCAAUUACAGAACUGGAUGCCCCUCAAAAUCUAGAGGCGAGUGAAUCCACAGAGACCACAAUAACUCUGGUCUGGAAAAGGCCCAGAGCCAAGAUCUCUAACUACAGGCUGGCGUUUUUCUCACCUGAUGGCAAACGAAAGGAAGUGGAGGUGCCUGCAUCUGCUACGACCCACACUCAUAAAAAUCUAGUGCCUGGCACACAAUAUAACAUCACCCUGGUGGCAGAACGGGGCCAGAAGAAAAGUGCCCCCACUACUCUUACUGCAUCCACAGAGAAAAAUAAGCCACAAAUUGGGAAUGUCAUUGUAUCUGAUGUGUCAUGGGACAGCUUCAAUGUGUCCUGGAGUGUUGAGGAGGGCACUGCCUUUGAGAACUUUGUGAUUGAGGUGGCAAACUCAGAGGGUCCAGAGAGGCAGAAGUUGUCAGUAUCCGGUGAUGCUCUUAGCCUGGGCAUGUUUGGCCUUAGCCCCAACACCUCAUACACUAUUGCUUUGUAUGGCAUGCAUCAGGGCUCCCUACUAGGACCUAUCUACACUGAAGCAACCACAGAGGCUGAGCCUGAGAUCGAGCACCUUUUUGUGUCGGAUAUCACUCCGGAGAGCUUCCGCCUUUCUUGGACAGCAGACGACAUCUUUGAUCGAUUUGUCAUUAAAGUCAGGGGUUCCAAAAAGCUUACCUACCCACAGGAGUUCAGUGUCCGUGGGGAUGAGAGAACCAAAGUUUUGACAGCACUUACUGGGGGGACUGAGUAUGAAAUUGAGUUAUAUGGUGUCACUUUGGAACGUCGCUCCCAGCCCAUAACAGCUGUUGCCAGAACAGGCCUUGGAGCUCCACGGUCCAUUCACUUCUCUGACAUUAUGGACACCUCUGCUGUUGUCCACUGGAAUGUCCCUCAUGAUACAAUUGACACCUACCGCAUCACUUAUGUGCCACUCCAUGGAGGUGGCCCUGCAAGAGUGAUUGAAGUGGAUGGUUCACAGUCUCAGACGCCUCUGACCAACCUGACACCUGGUGAAUCAUAUCAAGUAACAGCCAUAGCAAUGAAAGGUCUUGAGGAGAGUGAUCCAGUAACUGGCAUUGUCACUGCAGCUGUAGACAUGCCACAGAGUCUCACUGCCACCAAUGUCACUGAUACAGAAGCACUGUUGCUGUGGCAACCUGCUGUAGCCACUGUUGAUGGAUAUGUCAUCACAUACAGUGCAGACACAGUGGCACCAGUGACAGAACAGGUAUCUGGCAACACUGUAGAAUUUGAGAUGAAUAAUCUGGAACCAGCCACUCAAUACACAGCUACUGUACAUGCUGUGAAAGAUGGCCAUAAGAGUGCUCCUGCUACUGUUGAUUUUACCACAGAUGUGGAUCCUCCCCGGGAUCUGGUGGUCAGUAAUAUUCAGACUGAUAGUGCUGUUCUCACCUGGAAGCCACCAUUGGCACCCAUCAAAGGCUAUGUGCUGACCAUUGAGUCAUCUGAUGGCACUAUCAAGGAAGAGAUUCUGGACCCUUCAGUGACUUCACACAGGCUGCCCAAGCUCAUUGGCUCCACUGAGUACUCUGUCAGACUACAAGCUUUUGCUGGGCCUGACAGAAGCCAUCACCAGAGCCAGAAAGUCAGUACUGAUUUCAUCACUGUUGGAGUGCUCUACAAGAAUCCAAAGGACUGUUCACAAGCUCUGAUGAAUGGAGAGAUCACCUCAGGUUCAUACACCAUCUAUCCUGGUGGAGAUGAGAAGCUGCCAGUGCAGGUCUACUGUGACAUGGCCACUGACGGAGGUGGCUGGGUGGUGUUCCUGAGACGUCAGAAUGGAAAUGUUGACUUCUACAGGAACUGGAAAAAUUAUACCAGUGGAUUUGGUGAUGUGAAUGAUGAGUUCUGGCUAGGACUCAGCAACCUCCACAAAAUUACAGCAUCAGGCCAGUAUGAGCUCCGAGUGGACCUGAGAGAUGGCCAGGAGUCGGUUUAUGCACAAUAUGACAAAUUCUUUAUUUCAGAACCCCGCAGUCGAUAUAAGGUCCAGAUUGGUGCCUACAGUGGCACUGCAGGUGACUCUAUGACCUAUCAUCAGAACAGACCCUUCUCCACCCAUGACAAUGACAAUGACAUCGCUGUUACAAACUGCGCACUAUCCUAUAAAGGUGCUUUCUGGUACAAAAACUGCCAUCGUGUUAACCUUAUGGGACGAUAUGGCGAUAACAGCCACAGCAAGGGCAUAAACUGGUUCCACUGGAAAGGCCAUGAGCAUUCAAUUCCAUUCGCAGAGAUGAAGAUUCGACCAGUCAACUUCCGGAACUUGGAAGGCAGGCGGAAACGGUCAUAGACUUUAUCACGAAACUCAGUUGAUUUACAGGGCCAAUAACCAGACACAGAGAUAACUUUAUUAAAACGGUGAAUGAUAGUGUUGCUCUUUUACUUCUUUUAAGGCUUUUCAUGCCACAAUAAUAACAAUAAUUGAUUGCAAUGGGACUUGUCCUGACCUGGCACAUAUGUUUUGUAUGUAAUUUUAUUUUACUAAUGGCUACUUAAAGAAAUAUUUCUUUUGGUUGUUGUUAUGAGUGUCCUUUUACAGAAAAUAGCACAGUCUUUUAUUUUCAUUUAAUCUGUUUUCUAACUAAAAAAGGGAAACAAGACAAAUUAUUCCACUUUUUUUCCUCUAGUAUGUUUUUUAUAGCUUAAGGGUUUUUAAUAGUAAUCUAGUUAAACCCCAGCUAACAAAAUUUGAAUAAUAACAGAAAGCAAUUAUUUGAAUUUGUACUCAAUUGAAAACAAUACAAAGACAAGAUAUUUAGUGUUUCAACCAAUUUGAUGCUGCAACACAUUCCAAAGAAGUUGGGAAAGGAGCAGGUUUACUGUUGCGUUACAUCACAUUUCCUUUUAAGAACGUUCAGUAAUCAUUUGGGACCUGAGGACUCCUAUUGUUGUAGUUGUGAAAGUGGAUUUUUUCCCCAUUUUUGGUGGAUACAAAACCUCAGCUGUCAUAAAUAGUGCUGUAUAAUGUGCCCCACGUUUUCAAAGGAAGAUAGAUCUGGUUUGCAGGCAGGCCAGUCUAGCACCUGCACUCUUCAUAUUGUAAAUGCUAUAGUAAAAUGUGCAGAAUAUGGCUUAGCAUUGUCUUACAGAAUUAAGCAGAAAAAUAUGUUGUCUAAACAGCAGCACAUACUGCCUAUGUAUCCCCUCAGCUUUAACCUUCCUGUAGUGUUCGGGUCAAAUCUGACCGAUUUACAACUUAAAACACUCAUAAAUAUUGUGUUUUACAUCUGAUUGGAUCAAGGCCUUAUGAUAUCCUCCACACUAUGCACUUGAACAUAUAAAAGUGAUGAUCACCUCUUUCAUUGAAUUUUGUAAUUGAGUGUUUAAUCAAUCAGUUGUUACACCUGUGGUGUUCCCGGUCAAAAGUGACCGCCAUAGGAAAUGAAUGGGUAUCCAGUCUAUAUUCAUCCAUCAGACAGAAAACAUCCUCAUACACACCACCCCAACUCACUCACUCUAUUUACUACUUUGAGACAUUGUUCACAGCUAAAGAAUGUUGAAUAAAAAUAUGGUGGUGAAAAAUGUUUUUUGUGCUAAUUUAAGAGCAGUAAAAACAGACUGGUCAAUUUUCACCGGGAACACUAAAGUAACGGGCGGGAGGUAAAGAGGACAGGAGGGUUAAAGGUGUGCAAGUUACUCAUGCAAUUGGCACUAACUUGGCAACAUACCAUGUUAGACGCUUGCUUUUGAAUUUUGUAUUGGUAACAAUUGGGAUGUCCUUUUCCUUUUUGGCCCAGAGGCCAUAACAUCCAAUUCUUCCAAAAGCAAUUUCAAAGGUGGACUCAUCAAACCACAGCCCUUAUUGUCACUGAGCAUGAAUCCAUCUCAGAUAAACUUUAGCCCAGAGAAGUUGGUGGCGUUUCUGGAUGUUGUUGAUGAAAACUCAUGGCUUCCACUUUGCACAGCAGAGGCUUAACUUAAAUUUGUAGAUGCAAUGAUGAGCUGUCUUUUCUGAUCAGGGCUUUCCUAAUUACUAUACAAAAUUGAUCAUUUAUGUUCUUCUAUCGCUCAGACAGCACUGCAUUAAAAACCAACAUGCAUUUGUAAUAAAUAUAACCACAUAACCAUAAAGUAGCGACUGAGCCUUUUGUCCAUGCUCAUUCUGUAUGCAUAGCAUCAUCUGUUACUUGUUCACCUGUUUACUUGUGGAAAGUUCCGAAACAGGUAUAUUUUGAUCAUACCACAAACUUCCUAGUCAUUCGUUACCUGUACAAACUUUUUUUUUGGAAUGUGUUGCAGGAAUCAAAUUGCAAGUAGCUUAUAUUUACAAAAAUCAAUAUUGCCAAUAUGGUACACUUGCUGUUUUCAAAUAAAUAGCUGUAAAAGAUUGAUCUGUAAAAGUUUACAAUUCAAUGUUUUCUGUUUUUGGCAAUGUGUUUGCACUUUCAGACAUAAAACAUAAUUCUAAACAUUUUAUUGGAUUUUCUUGCACUCAUGUAGCAGCUUUACAAUAAAACAAAGUUGUAUGAGCAUUUAUUAAGUAGUUUUUUAAACAUAAGAACAAAAGAACAAUUUAAAAUACUUAGUCUUAAAAUAUUUAAAUAGUAAAUGCAAAUCUCAAUAAUACCAAACAAUCUUUAAAUCCACAUAUAAAUGUCUUGUUUGAAAUGUAACGGGUGAAUAUUUAACAGUUCUCAUUUUUGGGGUCUGUAAUUUGCUACUACUUCAGCCUAUAUAUGUAGCAGAGUUGUGUGUAUUUCAGCAUUCAUAAAUUUACUAGUACAUCCUUCUAACAUUUUGCGCAUGCCAUUAUUCAGCCAACCAAAACUGAAUGUUUUAUGUUUAUUUUUUAAACAAAAGAACCUCUAAUUCCUUUGUAUUGACUGAACUGUUUGAUCUUUUAUCUUCCUACACUUCUUAAAUGUAUUCUUACUAGUGAAAUGUGUAAAAUUGAACUUGUAAAAUAUAAUUUGGAGUAUGAUUCAACCACAAUACUACAAAUGUAACAUUCUUACAUACUCUGCACAGUUGCUCCUGAAAUUGAAUAGAUAAUGAGGUAAAAUUAAGUUUCUUUGUUACAAUAAAAUUUGUUUGUAAAUUUGGCAAAUUUCUGUCAUGUAUAUAAUGGUUAUCAUUGUCACUGUUGUUGUUAUUGUUGUGUUACGACCACAAAGCCUAUAGCGUCACACUUUGUAUCUGCUAUGAAUCGACACCAACGAAACAAAAACAAAUAA